AUGUCUGGACUUGAGAAUAUCUCCUACAUCCUCGCCGCGCUCGUCGCGAGCGGUGGAAUCAUGGGUUAUGCGAAGACCAGGUCCCUGCCCUCGAUUAUAGCCGGCUGCGGCGUUGGCGCUCUUUAUGGUCUAGGAGGAUAUCGCAUGCAAAACCGUCAACCAUAUGGUGCUGAGCUGUCACUCCUUGCUUCGGUUGUACUUGGAGGAGCUUCAAUCCCAAGGGCGAUCCGUCUGAGGAAGCCAGUCCCCAUGGCUCUGAGCGUGCUGUCGCUGUUCGGCGCGUGGACCUUUGGCAACGGCGUUCGCAAGAACCUGUAA